AUGCUUGCAGAAAGUAAUGGUGAGGUACCAAACAGUGAAGUGCAAUGCUCACAAUCAGAUGGAACGAAAUCUGAAAGAGAUGAAAUCUCGUUGAGUUUAAUACGUCGUUCAGUUGAAAAUGAGGUGUUGUCGUCGAAUGAAUCAGGUGAAUCGACGAAAACAACGAAGAAAUUGUGUGAAUAUAAGCGUGCAUGGCAACGAGCGCCUUUAGCAGUUGCGAAACGUAACGAAAGAGAACGCACCCGUGUGCACACUGUUAAUCAGGUGGGUGUAUUGCUUUUGUCAACGGUUGAUCAGUGGAAAUAA